AUGAGCCUCUUCUACUCCAGCCUCAGCGAAACCAACGGCACGAACAUCGAGAACCUUCACCCGAAGAAGUCCUUUAUUCACCGCAAAUACCUCCUAGGCCUCCUGAAGCAGCUCAGAAGCCAGAACACGGGUGGUCGCCGACAUCCAGAGUCUGGACCCGAGCGCGGCCGCCCCUCCUCGCACCAAUUCCAGACGCGGGGUUCCCUGAACCUCCUUCCCCCUGGCCUCCUCGGACAACCCCCGCCCCCCACGCCCCCCCCCACGCAGUUCGACCUCCUUUUCGGACAGCAGCAGCUAGAGCGGCGGGAGGGCACGGCCGAGGGGCACUUGGUGGCCAGCGUUGCAGUGCCAUCGCUCGGUCCUCCUCGCGGCGAGGCCAAGCGCCUGGCAUCAGGCGCCGAGGGCUCCAGCCUCCACCACCUCACUCCUGCGUCCGCCAUGCCCUCGGGCGCCCAGCCCUCCAGGCCGACAACUCGGCUCCCGCUGCCACUCGCUGCCUCCGAUUCUCAAGACGGCCUCCCGGAGAUCCUUCCCGUCCCUCAGUAUAUCAACAGGAGCCCUUCCUUACAGACUGAGCCUCUUCCUCACCCUAGUAUUGCUGUCAAUGCUUUCGGACACCCCUUCUUCGACACCUCACAGCUGCCUUUGGGUACGAACUCGGAUCUCACUGCCAGUGGCGAGCAGGAGGCCCUCCUGUUUCCCUCUUCCGAACUACUCCCGAUGUCGCCCUCAGAGCUCACCCACGAGAGAGUUUCCCAUCCCGAUCCCGAGGGCUUUGCGAAACCUGAAUUUUACCCCAAUUACGAAACUCUGGCAGAGGCUCUACAACUGCUACAGCAGCUGAAUGCUUUGCAAGCCUCACCAACUUUAAACAGAGUAGACCUGAGGGCUAGUACUUACCUUGAACAAGACCCCUCUAUCUUACCUUCACCAGGAAAUAGCAACCUGGACUAUCUCUACGACCAAGACUACCUUCAGUACGCAGCCCUUUCCAACCCAGUCCCCAACACAAGGCUGACCACAGAGGUCAAUGACGCCUUCUCCACAUUGGCCCAGAACCUCGCUGACGCCAUCAGCACCUUCCUGACCGACAUCGGGGACGCCAUCGCCGCGCAGCCGGCGCUGCUGCUCCUCGGCCUCAUCCCCUUUGCUCUCCUCGUCUUCAGCCUCUACCAUUUCUACGGGGAUAAAAAGAUGGGCUACGGCUCGGGGGGAGGGGGCUACAGCUCGGGGGGAGGGGGUUACAGCUCGGGAGGCCAUGGCAGGGCAUUAUCUUCUAUUCAGCUGUCUGUCGAAGCUCUGGAAACCUUGACAUGGAUGAUCUUACUACAGAUUGAAGACUUCCAGAAAAGACACCAGUUUUCAGCUGCUGGAUGA